AUUUUUUUUAAUUUGGAUUUGGAAAUUAAAAAAAAAAAGGCAGUAGCUUUAGGAAGCAAGGACGGCGGCGGAGAGGCGCCGAUUCUUUGUUUACGAUAACGAAAUCGAUUUGUGUUUGUAGUGGUAGAUACACAAAAGAGGUAAGAAGAAGAAGAGGAGGAGAGAUGGGAAAAGAGAAGAGCAAGUGGACGGAGGAUGAAGAGGAUGCGUUGCUCGCCGGUGUCAAGAAGCAUGGUCCCGGUAAGUGGAAGAAUAUCCUCCGCGAUCCUGACUUCUCUACUGUCCUCUCUCUCCGCUCCAACAUCGACCUCAAGGAUAAAUGGCGUAAUCUAAGUGUUCCGGCUGAGAUUCAAGGGUCAAAGGAUAAGGUACGGACACCAAAAAUCAAAGCUGCCGCUUUUCAGCUGGCUGCUGCCGCCACCACUCCAACACCUAGUUCGGCCUCUUCUCCAGUUGCUCCUCCUCCCCUUCCUCGUAGUGGAGGAUCUUCUGAUUUGAGCAUUGGUGAUAGUUGUAACAUGUUGAUUGAUGCAAAGAAUGCUCCCAGGUAUGAUGGGAUGAUAUUCGAAGCUCUUUCAGCAUUGAAGGAUUCUAAUGGAUCUGAUGUCACUACAAUUUUCAACUUCAUCGAGCAAAAAAUGUAUGAAGUGCCAGAACAAUUUAAAAGGGUACUGGGUUCAAGGUUGAGGAGGCUUGCUGCUCAGGGCAAACUUGAAAAGGUUAGCCAGUUAAAAUCAGGAACGCAGAACUUCUAUCGGAUGAAUAAUAAUAGCUUCUUGGCAAUGAGAACGCCAGUUGCAGCGAAACCGAAAGAGGGGAAUGGGAGACACAGGCAGACAGGAAACAGCCAAGGAGGACUCACGGUUUCGCAGGAGAAGAUUGAUCUCGCUUCGGGAACGGCAGCUUAUAAGCUCUACGAGGUAGACGGCAAAUUAGAAGCGCUGAGUGGAGUUGUAGAUGAGAGAGAAAGGAUGACAGAACUCUCAGAACAGGCUGAGAUUAUGCUGCUGCUAGCGGAAGAGCUGCACGAAAGAUGUUGUCGGGGAGAGAUUGUGGAAUUGAACUGAGGGUUGUGGGAAGCAAGCACAGAGUGAAGUAUAUAGGGCUAUUAUUAGCUUGCUAUUCUCUUCUUUUCUUAAUGAUUUACCAACACUGACCAAAACAAUAUUUAACUUUCUUUCAUUUACCAUUAAAAAUAGUUAGUUGGGAGUAAUUAGCCAAAAAACAGAAAUGUAUGGUGUGGUCUGCAAAUGACAGUGUAACUUUGAAGCUCUUUCUUUUUUAUUGUGUUAAGUUUUUUUACCUUUUAAUCAAAA